CCCAACUAUCUGCAGACAGAACGCAGAUUCCCCCAAAACAAAACAAAACAAAACAAAAACAGUCCGGUUAUUCAGCGGCCAACCAACCGGCGAUUCUUCGAGCUCCUCUCCGGCGACGCCACCUUGCCAAAGAUUCUCCAUCUCCAUCUUCUUCAACACUCUUUCUUCUAGAAUAUGGAUUUCUCCAACUUCUCAAUCGUGUGUCAUUGGGGAGGGAACUAUUUGAGGAAGCAGGGCAAAUACGCUAUGAAGGUGGUAGCAGAAGGAUUGUAAUUGUUUCUCGUGGCGCAUGUUUGCUUGAGAUGCUGCAAAAAAUCCAUGUAACUACACAGAUUCCUCCGACCCGUUCUUUGCAAUUGAAAGUGAAAUAUCUCCUUCACGGGGGAUCAUACAUGAUUAUGCCACUUGAUGAUGAGGAAGUUGGCACGGAAAUGUGGAUGAUACUUCAGAUGAUGAAUAUGUCCACAAUGGAGAUUUACCUUGCAGAAUCCAUAGGUGAC